AUGACCUCUCUCAACAGGAUGACAAUGAUCCUCCAAAAGAAUAUGAUCCUGGGCAAUUUGCAGGUCUUCUCCAUGGAUCAUCUCCGGCCUGUGAGUCCCCCGAAAAUCCAUUUCACCUGUAUGGGAAAAGAGAACAAUGUGAAGAAGGACAAGAUGAAGUUACUUUGGCAAAUAGCCCUUUGCCUUUCAAGCAGACUCCAAUAGAAAAUAACUCAGAACCUUUGGUGAAGAAAAUUAAACCCAAAGUGGUCAGUAGAACAAUUUUUCACAAAAAAAGCAACCAACUCGAGAAUCAUACCAUUGUUGGUACAAGAACAACCAGGAGCGGAUCCCGGAAUGGGGACCAGUGGGUUGUGAACACAGGGGGAUUUGUGGAGAGAGCGUGUACUCUGGGGAGAAUAAGGUCAUUGCCUAAAGCCCUGGUCAACAUGCAUUUGUCCAAAAAUGUCUCUAAAUCUGAUUCUGAUCUCAUUGCCUACCCUUCAAAGGAGAAAGCAUCAAGAGUUAACUGGAGUGAAUCUUCAACUGCUGAACACAGUUCUAAAGAAAAUUCUGAAAGAACACCAUCUUUCACAUCUGAAUGGGAAGAAAUUGACAAAAUAAUGAAUUCCAUAGAUGUUGGAAUCAACAGUGAACUUGAAGAGAUGAAUGGUGAGGCCACAAGACCCAGAUGCCCCGUCCAAACAGUGGGACAAUGGUUGGAAAGCAUUGGGCUACCUCAGUACGAGAACCACCUGAUGGCUAAUGGAUUUGACAAUGUGCAGUUUAUGGGAAGCAAUGUUAUGGAAGAUCAGGAUUUGUUGGAAAUUGGAAUCCUUAAUUCUGGGCACAGGCAAAGAAUUCUACAGGCAAUCCAGCUCCUUCCAAAGAUGAGACCCAUUGGUCAUGAUGGCUACCACCCCACCUCUGUAGCUGAGUGGCUGGAUUCCAUUGAGCUGGGUGACUACACCAAAGCCUUUCUAAUUAAUGGCUACACAUCGAUGGACCUAUUGAAAAAAAUCUGGGAGGUUGAACUUAUUAAU